UUCUGAAAUCCCAUCUGAAUCCAGUAGUAAGACCAUGUCAAGACAGCUGGUGUGUGCAGAUGGAGCUGGAUGAAGUGGCCAGGUCUGUGCAGUCCACAACGCAUUUCUCAGAAUUUCCAUUCUGCUCCUUUGACCUGCUAAAGGUUUCUUCUUUGGGGCCCUCCUAGUUUAGACUGAGAUGGUAAGCCUGUGCACGGCAAAGUCAACCUGCACCAAGAUAGUCAAAGGAAAGAGUGAUAGACUGUGUUACAGCGAGGAUCUACCCUAGCUCUUGCUGUCUAAUAAAUAAGAGUAUGUUAUCGAAAACGUAGUACAUGUCUGUCGUAAGUGCAAAUUAAUCGUGAAUGGAAGCAUGAAUCUUGAGCUUUAUUUAUCACAGAAUUCAAGCAGUUGUCAGUAAAAGUUCACGCUGAAGCUGCUGUUUCAUUUUGCCUGCAUUAAGGUGUUAAUUUUUGUUUUAGACUGGCUGUGGAUGGUCCGUUUGGUACAUCAAGCACGGUAAGUAACGUGGACAUAUUUAAUCAGAACAUGUUGAUAUUUCUGUUACGGUACAUAUACGGGUUGUUAUGUGCCUUGUAGUCGAACUCUGACUUAUUCCUCUUUAAGUUGGCUUUUUGGUUACCCACAGACACAACCUUCUUUGUAUGCCUUAAUUUGCCCCAAUACUAUCAAGGGCACAGUUAAGCAGAUGGCAAGAAAGUUAUUGCUUUUCCCAUAUUAGGUGGUAUUAUUUAUGGAAAUUGCUUAAUUUUGGUAUACACUCAUACCGUUUUGUGAGAGAUAUAAUUCACCAGAUACCACUGGAAAGCAUUGCAAAAAUUAUUAAUAUUAACUAGUAUGUAUUACAUAUUUUCUUUGUGAUACCUGUACUGAUUACAAAUGCGUGAUCUUAGGGAGAAAGAAUCAUAACAUCAUUGAACCUGCUUUUUUUUAGGAUGUGUUCAAAUAUGAGGUUAUUAUGUGCAUCGGUGCUGGCAUUGGAGUGACUCCAUUUGCGUCAAUCUUGAAGUCUGUUUGGUAAGCUUUUCUUUUGACCGAAUAGUUUAUAUUGACCUUUUUUUCAAUUACUAUCUACACAAUAACAGCAAUCGCCGUGGAACCGGCACUCAGUACCCACGAUAGAAACGUGUCCACCUUAAAAAGAGUCAUUGUAAAGGACUAUAGCCAGAGUGGUAGGGACCAGCUCGGGAUAUCCGUUUAGGCAAGGUUUUUUUUUCGUUUAGCUAUAAAAUUAAGGUGUCCGCUUUAAGAACAACCUCGUCUCCAGGGCUUUUCCCCCAAAAAAAUGGGUGGGGCGGGAUCCCCCCCUGUGGACGAGGUUGCUUUGAGAAAGUUUACUCUAUUUUUCAAGAAUUGAAUGUAAAUGCUGAAUUCCUCUUAUUGAUAGAAAUUUAUAUUCUCGGUUGUCUGAAUCAUACUUAUUUCUCCUAAUUCACCAGGUAUCGCCACAAUCAAGGUUAUGCUGAUCUCAAGAUUAAGAAAGUGUACUUCUUCUGGAUUUGUCGAGAUACAAAUGCUUUCGAAUGGUUUACGGAUCUUCUCAAGCAUUUGGAAAUUCAGGUAAAGUGUGUAUGCUCGGAAGAAGGGCAUUUCGAAGCGUUGUACACUGCUGAUGAGCAUCAAGCUUCAGGCCAUAGAUUUAUUUGCCAUAAGGUGAUCGCAAUAAAGAAACAGUAUUUCAUCAUCAUUAUCAUUCUCAUUUUCGUCAUCGUUGCCAUCAUCAUCAUCAUCAUCAUCAUCAUGCCAAUCGGUGGAUAGGAUCCGGUGGGAAAUUUGCGCCAUCCUAUCGCCUCUGUCUUUCGCAGCAAUGAAGGCCUUAUCCCAAGAACUGGAUUCCCUCUUGAAUAGUUCUUUCUUCACUCACGUUUUUGCGAAUGUAUUUCUUUAGCGUCUCCUCUCCUUUCUCGCCUUCUGAGGCCCAGGUGAUGGUGUUAAAAUUCGUCCACAGUGAAACCUGUAUUAAGCGGACUUCAUAUUAGGUAGAAAAAUAGCUCACAAGGUUUCAAUUUUUCCCUGUAGUUUCUGUAAAAUGAUUUGAUAUUUGGGGAACAGCUCUAUUACGUAUGUAAGCGGGCAACAACGAAGGUCCCUUGAGUGUAAACGUAAUACAGGUUUCGCUGCAUUUCUUAUGUAUGACCGAUAAACCACCACCUUCCCAAAAUGAAUCACAAACUAAAGAUUUUGGCCGUUUACAAAAAAAAAAUCCAGCAGCUGGAAAUUAGCCGGUGCAGUAAGCUAUAAAGGGCAAAUGGUUUGGCAUGCAAGCAUGAACAAGAGAAGUAGGAAUGAGGAAAUUGUAUAGUUUUGCUCCAACUGGGACCGUAACACUUGAAUAAAUGCUUGCUCCGCCACGGGUGAAUGGAAUGUGGGUAAUUUACUUAAAGCUUCAUGUAAGAAGGUACUUACCUUUCAUUACCAAUUUCAGAUGGCAGAACUAGAAAUGCUUCACUUCGUCGAAUACAACAUUUAUCUCACAGGAUGGGAUAACAAACUGGUAAGACUAACAAGUUCAGUAACCAGUUCCCCCACCCCACGUCUGUCCGUCCAGCAGGGCUGUCGCUAAGAUUUCAAGUUGCUGGAUAUACCGUAUUUCCUCGAAUAAUAGCCGUCCCUCGAAUAAUCGCCCCCCUUUUAACGGAAAUGUUUAAAAUAAUCUCAUAUCCAACGCGCACUCGUGGAAUAAUUGUUAAUUAUACCAUAAAUCCUUGGGCCAUAUCCCUUUUCUUCGUUUAGCGUCGAAUGCCUUAGUUACCUACCCCAAUGUUUCUGUAAUUCUUUGCCUAAAAUUAUUUUUAUUAUACGAAUUCAUCGCUGUGUUUGUGUGAAUUAUCUUAAGGAAGCUUAUAGCAGGUGCCGAGGAGGGUUUUUGGUGGGGAGUGUGGUUGGGGAAGUAAAAAUAAAUCACAGGAAUAACAUUCCGUGAAUAAGUUCCCUCCAUUCCGAGCUCUUAUAAUCCCCUCAAUAAUACAAAGAUGUGUAAUUAGAACCGCGAUAACACAUCUAUUAAAAUUCGACUUCAGUCAGUGAGAAAAGUCUUUGUAGUUGUAGUUACUUGAUAAAAUUGUUGUAUUUUUUAGGCUAUUCAGACUACUUUGCAUGCCGAAGGUGCCCAAGACAACAUAACGCGGCUGGAUGCCAAGACAAAAUAUGGCAGACCAAAGUGGGAUGACGUCUUUAAGGGAAUUGCCAAUAACCACAAAGGGUGGGUAACGUAAUAAAAUAAUUUGGAAGCUUAAGUAAACACGACGGUAAUGCUAAAGAAUCGUCAAUUGUUGCUUCAAACGUUGUCGUGAAUAUUCCAGUUUGCUUAUUUUGUUAAAUAUGGGAGUUUUUUUCCCCGUAAGUGAAUAUUGUUAGUGAACUGUAUUUGUUCCGUUUAUUUAUUUGUGUUAUUAUUAUGUUAUUUCAUUUUUUUUAUACCUUUUAACCUACUCUAAAGCGCAUUUGAUCAUGCUCCAUGGAAAAUUGCGCUACAUAAGUUUUAAUUAAUUGUAAUUGUAGUUGUAGAACCGUAUCAAUGGUCGUAAAUGGAAGGAAAAUUUUGCUCUCAUAAAAUAAUUCAUUAUCAAAUUUUGUGUCGUCCACACUGAGUUGUAGUCGUCAGUUUAUUUAGAGCCGCUUUUCUUUCUGCCUCUGUUCUUCGCUGUCUCUUUCAGUGCUCUUUCACUCUCAGUCAUUUCGAAGAAAUAUAUUGAAGUAAAUCUUGUAAAAUACUUUUUGGGGGGAGAAAGUAUUUGACUUUUAAUUGUCGUGUAGUAUCCAAAUUAUAUCUAAGUCUUGUCAGCUAUCUUGAUCCCCACUCCUGGGUGACGCUGAUGUCAAAGCUGAUGGAGUGUAAAUUAAUGGAAAAGUUAUCAAACCAAGACACAUAGGAGACGAACCUUGUUGUGCGAAAGCUAGUGAAGCAGUGAUGAGCUUAUAAGAGGAGGCACCAGUCUUCGUCACGCUCGCUGUUGUGAGUGGCCUCAGUUUGUUGGACUGCAAUAUUUUUGCAAAUAUAAAACUUUUUUCUGCCUUCAGGUAGUAGUACUUACCUUCUCAGUACAUUUUGCUAAUUUGGAUGUAUGAUUCGCUUGGCAUCUGCUGGAUUGAACACGCUUGAAUUUUGACGCCCCAUUCAUCACAAAGACACCUUCAGCGUUUGUAUUCGUUGCUGUGCAGUCCUCUCAAAAGCGUUUCUUUAUAGAGUCUGAAAUUAGUCGCAGAAAAGUGUUUCAAGAGGGGCAAUCUGAUCAGGAAGGUAACUGGCGCUCGCUGGGGGUACGAACUUUACCUUCCACCGCACGUCGACUUUUGCCUUGGUGUAUUCUACUGCAGAGUAUACUGCUCUGUCUGGUCGCAAGUUUUCCACACCUCAGCUGUCGGCACCAUGAUUUACGACUCCCUGAGAGUCAUCUCUGAAUGCUUAGCCCCCACACCCCCACUUCUUCUGGUAUGUUUUGUUUUGUUACCAGAUGUAGCAGCAUCCCGCCUGCCAGCAUCUGAAGGAACCACCCGGUCCUGAAACUCGUCGAGAAAUCUUAUUUGCCGGACAGCCUUGCGCCAUGGGUCGCAAUGAGAACUCACAACAGCACCUUAAACGCAAGAAUUUAGCUGUAUGCGUCCCAGUGCCUUUGACCAGUGCCCCUCUCACUUUAGUAGUUAAAGUGGGUCAUGGAACAGUGGCGCAGGAGAUGGGAGACAAAACACACCAGGUUACACAAUUACCGCUUACAUUCCUGAGCCCUCCAUUAAAACCUGUUGGCCACCUCCUCCCACGUCACGCCUAA